AUGGCAUCCAAGUCCGAGGUCCUACCGCUCGUGUCGCCCAAGCCGGAGGCGCACCACCACCUCCUCGGCCUCUCGCUCGUCGCGUGCUCGGCCUUCACCUUCAGCCUCAUGUCCUGCGCCAUCAAAUACGAGAGCUAUGUCAUGUCGUCGAUGGAGACGGUCUUUUGGCGCUCUGGCUUUGCAUGGAUCCUCAUCCUCAUCGCGAUCAAGUGCCAGCGCGUGAGCUUGUACGUCGCGCCGGAGUACCGCUUCUUCCUCGCGAUCCGCUGCUUUGUCGGCUUCCUCUCCAUGUCGCUGGGCUUUUGGACCAUGUCUCAAAUGGUGCUAGCUGACGCCAGCGUCAUCAUCUUUACGAGCCCCGUCUGGUCCUUCUUCCUCGGCGCGCUCAUCCUGCACGAGACCAUCGACCCGAUUUCGUUCAGCUGCGCGCUCUGCUCGUUCCUCGGCGUUGUCUGCGUCUCGCGACCGUCGUUCCUCUUUGGCGAGUCGGCUGAUGACGGUGUCCAUGGCUCCAAGUUUGCGGUCGUCGGCGGCCUCUGCGCGGCGGCCAGCCAAGCGCUUGUGUACGUCGUCGUGCGCGGGCUCAAGGGCCUCCACUUUAUGGUCGUCAUCCAGUACUUUAUGCUCACGUGCACGAUGGGGUCGGGUCUCUGGAUGCUCCUCGUCGAACAGCGCAUCAAUGUGGCGCUGACGGCGGACGUGUGGGCGGCGGCCGUGGCCACGGGCGUCUUUGGCUUCAUGGGCCAGCUCUUCAUGACGAAAGGCUUCCAGCUCGAGAACGUUGGCAUUGCGUCCGUCAUGCGGUACCUCGACAUCGUCUUCGUCCUCGGCGCCGUCAUCAUUUGCUCGUGCGCGAUCGUGAUCGCCCUCCGCAAGGCGCACAAGCAGUAG